CCAUACCAAUACAAUAUUAUCAUAAAUAUUGUAUUACAGGUUAUUGUUUGAAAAAAUGAAUGGUUUUUAAAAAUAGACUAAUUAAAAAGAAAAAAUUACCCUCUGUGUUGCCCCCUUUCUUUUGGAGAAUGCCAGAUUGAUAUAACAAAUUUAAAAGUUUAGACAUAUUUGAAAGCUGUACAGUUGUUCCAGCUGUUAUAAACCACUCACUGUAUUAUAAUAAUAAUAAUAAAAAUAAUAAUAAAAAUAAUAAUCUGCAAAUAGUGAUAAAUUAAUCUUCCUAAUCACAUUGCCUUUUUCCCAUAUUGUUCCAUGAAAUAAAGUCAUUUCUAACAUUUAUUAAUUCACUAAACAUUUCUUUAAAAACAUAAAAUGUUUUAUUUAAAUUGAGUUUUUUUUUUUAAACAAAAAUGGUUACCUGUUGAAGUACAGGGUGUUGACAAACUGUUGACUGCAGUGUACUUUACAGUACAUAACAACCUCUACAGGAAGCAUAAUGGCCUUUGAACAAUUCUGGCUGUGAACUGUCUCACCUUUUCGGCUUUCUAAGGCGUGUCUAGCAUUGUGAUUACCUGGAAUUAACUUUUCGGUCACAGACAAACAGAAGCAUUUUUUACGUGGUGCAGUGGGUUUACGAUUUGAUUUAAACACUCUCGGACUCUUUCUCAUUUCCACCAGUUGAGGAGAAGCCUAUGUUACAUCAUCUUUUUAAGGAUGCUGCGGAAACGCAAAUCUUUAAUUUGUGGAGCGCUCAUUGGCUUUGUCUUGGUUCACAUGUACCUGAAGUUUAGCAUUGAUCUAACUGUAGAGUUGCACAAAUUUACUGGGGGUCGACGUCACCUUCCAAUUAAGGUCAACCUGAGCUCUAUCAAGAAAUCAGAUGAAGUAGCGAGGCAGCUGAGCUCGAAGGUGCGCGUCAUGUGCUGGAUAAUGACCCACCCCCAAAACUUGGAGAAGAAAGCCAAACACGUCCGAGCCACUUGGGCCAAACACUGCAACACGGUGCUCUACAUGAGUUCGAGCACCAGUGACUUCCCAGCCAUUGGACUGAAUGUAUCUGAGGGCAGAGAGAACCUCUACUGGAAAACCAUCCGAGCCCUCCAGUACAUCCACAGUCACCAUCUAAACACUGCCGAGUGGUUCCUCAAAGCUGAUGAUGAUACAUUCGUGGUGGUGGAGAACCUGCGGCGUCUCCUGAGCAGAUACAACACUGACGAGCCUGUCUACCUGGGACACAGAUACAAGGUGUUGGUGCAGCAGGGCUAUAUGAGUGGCGGAGCCGGCUAUGUCCUAAGCAGAGAGGCUGUCAGGAGGUUUGUCCAAGGCUUCAGCUCAGGACAGUGCACACACAUCAGCCCGGUGGAGGACAUGGCCCUGGGGGUGUGCAUGCAGACCAUGAAGGUUGAACCUGGUGAUUCGAGAGAUGAGAAGUUGAGAGAAACGUUUAAUCCCUUCACUCCAGGUGACCACUUGAGCCAUCCAGCCAACGGGAAACAGGACAGCGGCUACAGUUACUAUUCGACGAAACAAGGAUCAGAAUGCUGUUCAGAUUAUGCCAUCAGCUUUCACUACGUCCAACCUCAGGGUAUGUACGAGCUGGAGUACUACACUCAUCACCUGCGACCUUUCGGAUAUCAGUACAGGUUUGAGCCAACUGUCUCAGCUAACAUCACGGCAAAACCCUGAGUUUCAAAA